AUGGAUGGAGAAGAGAGGUUGCAAGAGGGCAAAUCUGUUUGUUUCAUAGCCUGCACUGGUGGCAGGGUACCAACUGUGUGCUCCGUGCCAGCAGGAGGUGAGCAGGUACCGCCUGGCACUGAGACGCAUGGCGGGUGACCUUGUGUCCCUGCACCAGCGUGUCACCAGCCUGGAGGUGGAGAAUGGACAUCUACGGCACAGCCUGGCUGGGCGUCAGGAGCCGGGCCGUGCUCUGCUCGCUGAUGGGGACGUGGAUGUCAUGACCCGGGAAGAGAUCCUGGACCGGUUGGCCACCCUGAAGGGAGAACUGGUGUCCAGCACAGCGGAGAUGCGGCAGCUGAAGGAUCGCGUGCAGCGGCUGCAGAAUGAGCUGAUCCGGAAGAAUGAUCAGGAGAAGGAGCUGGUGCUGCUCCAGCGAGCCCACAGACAGCAGCAAGCUGCCCUGCGGCGGUGCCGGGAGGAGGUGGCCAGGACAAAGGGCCUGGAAGAGAUGGUGAGGCAGCAGGAGAAGGUGAUCAGAGUGAUGGAGCGGAUGUUGCAGGAUAAGCUCUCCAAGAGUGCUGAGAAGCCAGCAGGUGAAGCCCCAGCUGGGGAGCUGCACGCCCUGCUGCUGGCUGAGAACCGACGGCUACGGGAGGAGCUGGCAAGGCCCCCACGCCCCCCAUCACCCCCCAGCACCCCACAGCUCCCACAGGGCACCUUUGGUGGCACAGAGAAGCUGUCCCUGUUGGCCAAGCUAGAGGAGGCACAAGCCCGUGGGCGAGCAAUGGAGAGGCAGCUGGAGGAGGCAGCGAGAAGAUGGGCACGUGAAAAGCAGGAGCUGAGCACCAGGCUGCUGGAGCAGGACCACGGCUUUGGGGGCUCAGCCUCACGCCUUCUGCAUGCCACUGCCUUGAAAUGGCCCCCGGACUCCACCUUACCCCCCAGGAGACCCCGGACCCUGGACCCGCUGCCCUAGGGGGUCUCCCUAGGGCAGGAUGCCGGAGACACCCAGAGACACCCAGAAAUUCAUGCUCACAAGGAUCUGCUGCUUUUGGUGCAGAAAAUACAGAGCAAAUCAGUGGCGAAGCAAAAUGGGAAGGGGACAGCCAUCUCCCCCAUGGCGUAAGCAGGGCUGGAGCCAAAGCUGAGUGCACUGAGCUGAUGGAGGUGUCCCCAAGCUGGGACCAACUGGAGACACCCCUUGUCACUCCUGGCGCUGGAGGGGCCGUAGUGUCAGAUAGAUGGGUUUGUCAGGGACGAGGAUGAGGUCGAACUUGGUCCCAACUUCCACUGCCCGCUUGGUUUCAAUCUUGAAGUUCUCCAGGAUCUGGGUUGGGAGGAAGGAAGAGCAAGUGGGGGAAGGUGGGGAUGGAUCCUCCCCAAGUCCCUUCCAGCAAGAAGGGCAUGGUUGUGGCAAUAACGCACAUGGAUAUGGCAUUUAGGGGCACAAAUGUGGAAUUUAAGAGACAAGGCACGGCACUAAGAGAGAUGGUUGUGGCAACUAGGGACGUGAUUUAGUGACAGGUAAGUCAAGUUAGUGGUUGGGUUUGUGAUCUUGGGGAAUCUUAGUGAUCCUGGAAGUCUUCUCCAACCCAGAUGGAAAGUCUUUUCUAACCCAGCUGAUUCCAUGACCCACCCUACCCCAAAACCCAGUGCUCACAUGCAUGAGGAAGAGCUGCAUCUCCAGCUCGGCGAUCCGGCGACCCAGACAUUGCCGUGGCCCAAAUCCAAAGCUCAGCCCCUUGAAGUGCUUGGAGCCCAUCACCAGCCAGCGCUCAGGGUUGAACUGCUCCGGCUUGGGGAAGACUUCAGGGUCUCGUCCCAUGGCGUAGAGACCAACCUGCACCAGCGUCUGGGGGAGAAGGAUCGACCCUAGGGGUUUGCGCCCACAUCCUCCCCACUGCCACCCAUUAGUGCCCCAUAUCUGGCCUGGAACAAAGCAGAAGGGGAUGAGGAUGGACCUGGUUUCCCCUCUCACCCCAUAGCCCAGGGUUCACCUUGGGGGGGAUGCGGUAGUCCUGCAGGAUGACCUCCUGUGUGGUGUACCUCUGCAGCGUCACCGCCACCGGGUGCAGCCUGUGGGUUGGAUGGGGUCACCCGGUUGUGGGACAUCUGCAUCCAUCUGUCAUAUGGGAUGUCCAUCCCACCGGCUUCCCGUGCUGGCACAGAAAAUAGGGGAGAAAAAGGAGCUGUGUGCUCUCCUAUUCCCCGCUGCCUUCCGGCUACCUGAGAGUCUCCUUGAUGGUGGCUUUGAGCAGUCGGAUGCUCUUCAGCAUCUUCACCCUGUCCCCCUGUGCCUCCUGCUUGGCCGCCAGCACCUCCUCCCGCAGCCGCUCCUGGAUGCCUGGGGACCGUGCCAGCUCCAGCAUGGCCCAUUGCAGAGUCAUGGAAGUCUGCAGCAGGACAGAGCUGCACUCAGCACCAUGCACUGUCCCAUUCCCACCGCCAAAACCCUGCCCGGUGCUGACCGUGUCCACGCCGCCCGCCAUCAUCUCGGUGACGCUGGCCUUGAUGUCAUCCAGGGGCAGCUUGUCCUGCACGAGGAGGCUGAAGAGGAUGCCUGUGUGCUCCUCGGUGCUCUUGCGUUGCAGCCGGAUGUCCCGGUAAACAUUUUGGAUGCAUUUGUCAGCUGAGGAAAUAUAGGAGCAUGGGCUGAGUGCCUGCAUGCUACCCAAGGCUGCGGGGCUUUGUGGCUGGGGUCGUUCCGUGGAGUCACAGAGUCAGAGAUUCAUCUGUCUUGGAAAGGGCUUUCCAUACAGACUGGAAAAGAUCUUUAAGACCACCAAGUCCCAUCGUUAAUCUGAUCUGCCAAGUCUUAGUGCCACCAUGAGGGUGAUGAUUGAAUGGCAACCUUUGCACGUUGCUGCCACAUAUUGGUGGCUUUUUCCGGUAGAGCUGCUCAUUCUUUAGACUGGGCUGGGUGAGCAAAGCAGGUGGGACGCAGCUGUCUCCAAAACCAGCUGUCCUCCAUCUCUGCCCCCCCGGAGGCUGGUUGUUGUCCCGAGUGCCACCACCUCCCUGACCCUGCUGCUCCUCUUGAUGCGAUGCUCGCUACGGCUCAUGCUCCUGCAUGGUUCCCCACCACUCCACCCUACAAGCUCCAGAUAGGCUUCCUAGCUUUAGUGGCCCUACAGUGGCCCCGCUGACCCUGAGAUGGGCAGCUGGACGUGGGAGAAGUUUUCUGUGCCGGUGAGAUGAAGAUGAGCUCUUAGGACUCCCAUUCCCACUGGACAGCCCAUGAGGAGCAUGGAGGAAGAGCACUUACCCUGUGUGAAGAUGGCAUCCCAAGCGUGCACGUGGUCACGCCAUGUCUUGGCGUUAAGGUGGCGGAGCAGGGCAGGCGGCACGUAGAGCAUGGGCGAGGUGGUGUGGAACAUGAGGGUGACAGCAUCGAUGAACUGCUGUGCCUCCGGGUCCACAAAGUCCUGCAGCAGCCCCAGGCGCUCCCCGUACAGCACGUGGCACACAGCUGCAACAUGGCACCCAUCAGGGGACCCAGACUAUGGGAUCCCGACUGCAGACCCUCCACUACGGCCAACUCCAGGCUUCCUGGAGGAUUUUGG